GUGGCUGGCAGCAGCAGCGGUUCGGUGUUGUUUUUAGUGUUUGGUGUGAGGACCCUUUUGGCCUCUUCUCUGCGGCGACGGCGGCCGCGGCGACUUGUGCCGCCGAUAAUCGCCUUGGCACUCUCUCACGUAACAUAAAUUUUCUCUCGCGUGCGCGUGCCAAUUUCUCAUUUUUCUCUUUCUGGUGGCCAACCAAUUCCGAAGGAUUUCCUGGCGGCUGACUGCUGGCUGGCUGGCUGGCUGCUGCUGCUGCUACCGUUUUGCCAUCCACCCAGUCAGCCAGCCAGAAAUGUGGCACAAUAACAGACGGCAGUCUGUGGCACGACUUCGGAACGUUCGCACGCUUUUCCCGUGGAAACUCGGUAACCUGUCGCGACAGUUGAAGGGUUUUGGGUUGAGUGUUUGAAUUCGAAACACGUGUGUGCAUUGGGACAGUCGUCCUGUGGAGCCGACGGCAGCGAGUGCGAUCUGGUGUGGACCGUUGUGAUCAUAAGGAUAACGUGUUUUUGUGGACUUUCGAAGUAGUCGAAGAACCCAAGGAUAUUUAAGUGCUCACCCAAGGAUAUUGGGACAUGGUGACAGUGACCAGUCAGAAAAAAAAUCUGUAAACUGACCAACCAGGACUACCAGCAGAAGCAGCUUCUACAGCAGCGAGAGACAUCAGGCGGUGUGAAAAAGACAACAUAUUGAUCGUGAAUCAAACUCAGCUAUAUUAGUACCGAAUGAAUGUCCUUGCACCGUUACACGCUGGCUUUCUCCAACAGAAUUAGAUUUUUUGUUUCGUCCUUACCAACUGGAAACGUACAAUGACUGCAAAGAAGGAUAAAGACUACAAGGGGCAUAAACACGGAAGUGAGUUAAGUGCGACAGCAUUGUCGUCGAAACUAGACGCACAUCUACAGAACGGAAAUACAACAGCAGGUUUGAUCUCGUCUCAAGAUCCUCUGAAGCGUACAAACAAACCACUCAUGGAGAAGCGUAGACGGGCACGAAUUAAUCAGAGCUUAGCCAUCCUCAAAGCUCUUAUUCUGGAAUCCACAGUUAAAACCAAAUCAGGUGAUGGACAAACGAAGCAUUCCAAGCUUGAGAAAGCCGAUAUACUGGAACUGACAGUGCGGCAUUUCCAGCGACAUCGAAACUUGGACAACCCAGCCAUCGACAAGUACCGCGCAGGAUACACAGACUGCGCCAGAGAAGUGGCACGAUACCUGGCUACACCUGAGCCACCACCUCUUCCCAGCGUACCCACACUGACCGAUGCAGGCUCAAAAGCUCGAUUGUUGCGGCAUCUGGAUAACUGUAUUGCUGAAAUCGACACAGAAAUCUGCCCGAAGAUAUCCAAUGGCGGUGGAACGGAAGUGACCAAGGCGGAAAACCUAUACGAUAAUCAUUCCACGAUGAAGAAAACGAAAGACAUGCUGGACUACGGUGGUCAGGAUUCGAACCCUUUGGACUUUAGUAAGACCAAUCGGGAAAUUGGCAGAUCUCCGUACACGUAUCGUAGUCCCUCGACGGAACUUGGUUUGCUGACAUCCACGCCGAAAUCGCACCACCAAGAUGAAAACAACAACCGAGGAAAUCACAGGGCAAAAUCGCUGCACUCCCCGCAGCCUCUGGUAGUGCACCAUAUGGACGAUAUGGCCCAUAGCAGUGACCUGAUCGGAGUUCAAAGUCAGCCCUGCAGCAGUUCCGGUGUUGUGACACCAUUCGCUAGUCAUGUUUCACUGAACAAAAUGAUUUUGACUCAACAGCAGAAACUAAUUGACAUGAACAGUCUCAAAAACUGCCGUAUUGAUCCGGUUGCCAUCAAACAAGAGGCUGGCCUUCUGGCCGGCGGUUACACCACCUCACCCGCCAUAUCUUCACCAACUCCAUCCAACGGAAACUUGGAGUCUGAUAAAGAUAUCUCCAAUCAUUCCGAGCAUGUUAUACCUCCGCCGUACCCGCCCCAGGUUCGAAUCAACGACAGCCAAAUGGCCCUCCUUAUACCUGAUCACUACAUCCAGUUGGCAACGGCUCUUGGUCUCAAUACCCAACCUAUCGUAGAACAUUCCCCUGCACCUCCUGCCACCGACUUCGAAUCACUGAUCGAACAAAACCGGCGACAAGCGGCUUUGCACGAGAAAAUGACUGCAGACAUUUUAGCAAACCUGCACUCACUUCCCGACAACGUAGACGAAAACUACUGGGAAUUGUACAAGAAGUCUUUGGGAAUUCCGGACUCGAUCAGUAAAAUGACCCUGGAGGACGUACGAUCUCUGAUGGCCAAAUCUGCUCCCAAAGCGCCUACGCCACCACCUCCGGUUACCAAAAUGGAAGUAGACGAUCCCACCGAGGAAAAACCAUUUUCUGUUACCGAUGAUAACGACUGCUCUAAUCAUAGCAUCAAGAAAGAAGCAGGCCCAUCUAGUCCACCAGCAUCCAUAUCGCACGAGUCCACGGAAGAUAAGCAACAGCGGGACGAUGCAGAUAAUCCAGCAGGACCCAGCAGCUCGUAUGAGAACAUCUCAUCGAAUGAAGGGCCUUCGCAUGAUCAGCACAACGAUGGCUCAAGCGAUGACAGUAUGUGGCGACCGUGGUAGAAAUGCAAUAGAUAAUUCUGUACAUAUUAUAAGCCGUAACCCGUGCAAUAUCUUACCGGCAUAUUAAGUUAAUGUGGUAUCGUCCAAAUAUCGUCCCUAUUAAUCCAGAUCAUUGGAUUCUAGUAAUAUUUUUGGUUUUAUCUCGGUUAUAACAUUAUGUUUCAAGUUUUGGAACAGUGCAGUGUUAAAACCUUGAUGAUGCCAUGAUUCUUAUUCGGGAUUUGAUAUUGGAGUGUAAUUUUUAGAUUACCCUUAUACAUAACAAAAGCUUUACAACCUCUUCGCAAGUUCAUGCACCUGCUGAGAAGACUACAUCACGUAAGAAUACAUACUACCUUACAACACAUGCAUAAAAAUGAGUGCCAUCUCGUAGCUCUUUGGCAUCCCAUAUUUGGAGAACAGUGUAUUCCUAGCACUAUAAAUUUGAUCUCAACUAUAAUUGUAGAAAAAAAAACUUGCUAUUGCUUGUGCUACACACGAAACAAAAAAGAGAAGAACUAACGGGUGCAAUAAAAUGUCUAUACAAGUGGUAACCUAAAUUCAAUAGAACUUCCUAGAAGGAAACCCAAAACAGUCAAGCAACGCUCAUUAGUAGAAACAAAAAGAAAAUAAUUUGGAUUAACAAUCAGAACGAAACAACUCAGUCACAAAAUUCAAUUCAAAAUUGACGCAAGCAAAGUCUAAUAUUAUUGUUCAAUGUUUCAGGAAAAUAGUGGCUAAAAGCGAAAACUGUCAGAACCGAAAAGAUACAAACCGUUCUCUGCUGAAGUCUUGUGUAUGGUAGAGUGUAGAAAUAAAAAUUAAUCGAAAAGGAAAAAAAA